ACCGAGUAAUUCACAUAGCGGCAAUGCGGCAUCGGAGCUCCAUAAAUUAUUAAAUUGGCAGCACUGCUUUCUGGUUGUCACGAAAGUUCGUCUGCAGUGCAAGUCUUCACUCUUCACAGUUCGUUCCAUGGUUCGUUGACUUCGUUCAGUCGUUCAGUGUCUCAGUGUCUUGUUAUAUUCCCCCUCCCUGUCUCACGUCUUAUUAGCCAUAUAUGCUCACGAUUCAUAGCCCCACAAAUAUCUAAGUAAACUGUUGGACAGUAUAUCUAGCCUGAAAUAGCAAGAGUUCUAAUCUCCAGUCUACAUUGGACUCAACAUGUUACAUGCUUCAUCGUUCAACAAAAUAUUGAUGCUGAAGGGAAAAUGCUAACAAGUGAGAAAAAAAAACAUUUAUCCAAAAGUGAAGAAUAGCAGAAGAAGGCAGCCCAGUUUUCGACUGCAUGUUCCAGGUUCGUCAGAGAGGAGAUUGAUCAAUUUCACUCAACUGUCGACUCGAAUAUUGGAUGUUUUUAAAAAAGAAAAUCUUCUGUAGACACAAGACACCAGAUCUUCAAAUCAGAAAUUCAAAUUAAGAAAUUCAAAUCUCAAAAAAGAUCUUCAACAGAUCUAGAAACACAAAGGUGAUGGAAUUCAUCUUUGUGGCCAAUAGAGCUCUACCGCUUGACAGCAUCUAGCCCGAUGUCGUUAAAGAUUUCCAUCACGGCCCCAUGGAUAACUCGCUUUCUUGGAUCUACUCAUUGGCCUCACCUCUGUUUCUGGCCUAAUGUCUCGUUUUUCUGCACAAACGGUCUCAACUCGUUGAGUGAAUUAUCGCUUUGUAAGUUCGAACCCUCUAUAUGCGUGUCCCGCUGAGAAGAAAUGGCGACCAAAGCCGGCAAUGGAAGCUUGGGAUGGGACAGUUGUUUUUUUCUGAACAUGUUUCCUACAGAAAAUGCAUUGACAGACAAGUCAAGCAAGACAAGAGGAAGCUAUGUGAACAUAAUCAAGGCCAUGGGUAAUCUUCAGGUUUAUUCACCAACUUUGGGGAAGUCACAUGAAAAGAUGCAGGGCACUACCAGCAUGUGUAUUUUUCUGAAUUUUUUACUCAAGCAGUUGGUGCUGUUGCCUUACAGCCACAGGCAGGAAAAUUAUGCUUUGGUUCAGAAAAUUGGAAAGCUGCUGGAGUAAUCUGGUGUUGAUGCUCAUUUGAUUCAUUUCGUGCC